GAAGAAGAAAAACUAUCCAAUCAACAAACGACUGAAGACAGGAAGUGGCAUAUUUGAAAACUGGCCGUUGAGGCGAGCCUUUUUCGUCCAUUAUAAGUGAAACAGGAUUAAUCACAGCGUAAACACGAUGGAGGAAGAGGAGCACACAGACAGAAAGCAGCAGCUUGCCAUGCUUUCUCAAAAGAUCAACAAAAUUAAAGAGGGUCUCAAUGAAGAUACCACGGACAAGAUCAACAAGGUUAUCGACUCAAAUUCACCGGAAUCAUGCCUCUCACAUUUGACAGACCUGGAGAAGAAAGGGGACCCCCACCUGGAUCGUAACCAUCUGACCAGACUUAUUGACUUUUAUACCAGAGUGUUCUCCAGUAUGCCACUGGGAAAACAUGGUCAGAAUGAGAGCUAUGCUAGGAUGUUGGUCAGAUUUGCAGAGCUUAAAGCAAUUCAAGACGUCAAUGAGGCAGAAGCCAACUUCAACUUGGCAAGAUCCCACAGCCAGAACUUUGCAUUUGUUCACAUUGCGCAUGCACAGUUUGAACAUUCUCAAGGCAAUACAAAGCGAGGCAUUUACAUAUUGCAGAAUGCUGUUGAACUGGGUGCCAAACCAAAGGAAUUGCUGGAGGCUGCCUUGCAAAGCAUGCAGGCAGGGAAAACACAACUCUUCUGUUCAUAUGAUAAGGAAAAUGUGCCACUCUUGUCGAACAGCAAUGUGAACGGUUCUGUCAAAAAAGGCUCAGAAUUCCAAAAAGUGUGCAGAAUAUCAGAUGGAACGGGCGAAUUGCAGCUCUCCAGUAUUUUUGGUUCAGGAACAGAGCUCCUUGGUGGACCAUCAGAUGAGCAUCUACCAGGUUGGAGAUCUGGAUCUCAUCGCAAGAGAGCAGUGGGCAUGCCAGGGAGAGUUCCCGUAGUACCUUUCUCUAUCCCAGAAAAAGAUGAUGAUGAUGAUGAUGAUGACUACAUUCAUGGGAAGCCCCCAAAGAGAAAUGACUCAUCAAUCCUCACCAGUUUGUCCAGGCAAAGAUCUGGUUCAAACGUGAACCCAGUGUUUGGACUAUCAUCCACGAGGAAAAAGGCUAUCGUUGGAGAUCUUCAACCACCAGCUGUCAGCCCAGAGUAUCACCCUUGGGAGGACCAGGCAGCUGCGGACUGUGACACAAAAGAUGCCUCCAGAAUGGAAGAUAUAACGUACAUCUUCGACCAGGUCGUCAAUACAAAUUCCCCUGAGUCGUGUUGGACAUAUCUGAUGAACCUGGAGAAAAGGGGCAACCCUCACACAGACGUCAACCUCCUCAAUAAGCUCAAGGACUGCUAUUCUAAAAUCUUCUCCAGGCUGCCAAUAAGACAAUUCAGCAAAAACGCCAGCUAUGCCAGAAUACUGGUCAGAUAUGCAGAACUCAAGGGGAUCGAAGACCCAGAUGAAGCCAAAGACCACUUUAUAGUUGCCAGAUCUAACUGUAAAGGCUUUGCCUUUGUCCACAUAGCACAUGCCCAGUUUGAGGUUUCGCAAGGUAACGUGAACAAAGCGACUUCAAUUCUGCUCAAAGCCCAGGCAUUAAAUUCCAAGCCAGCAGAGCUCCUGGAGAUAGCCAUACGUAACCUGAGAGCUGGGGAGGAACAGCUUGUGCCCACCAGGGAGGAGGAACCUCCCACAGAUUUGCAAACGGGUGUUGCAGAAAGUGUGUCUGCUUGUGGGAGAAACCAGGAACUUCAGCUUCCUGGUCGCGUCCCCGUGAAGCGGUCAGUGGAACAGCCUAAACCUGCCAGCAAGGAUCCCUUAUCAGAGUGGAAGAUGCCAACUCCUGUCUACCGCAAUGUUUCUCCAGAGGAUAAACGCGCAACGCCUCCUGAGCCCAGACCUGUUCCUCGUCUGCUUGAGUCACUUCCCACUCCAUCCCUCAAUCUUCCGUCAAAACUGAACCCACAAACAGUGUGUCAGACACCCGUCGGCUCCAGAAACCUCUGUGCUAACAGCUUUAUUACUCCUGUUGUUAAGAGAGGCCCUGAAGUGUCUUCCUCUGCAGUGGCAGCACACAGAGCUGGACCCGUUCAGCAGCCAUGCACACCACUGAAGCAGACACCAUGUUUCCAAACUCCACAGGCUUCGUUGUCAAACGAAACCAUCACUAUUAAAGGCAAGCAGUUCUUCAUACUGAAGAUGAUUGGACGUGGCGGAUCCAGCAAGGUCUACCAGGUCCUCGAUCACAAAAAGCAGCUGUUUGCUGUGAAAUACGUCGACCUGGAGGAGGCAGAUGCUCAGACGGUAGAAAGUUACAAAAAUGAGAUUCAACAUCUGAACCACCUGCAGCAGUACAGUGAUCAAAUUAUCAAGCUCUAUGACUAUUUGAAUGUUGCAGCAUAUAUGUAUAUAUGUGUAUAUAUAUGUGUGUGUGUCCAUCUCUUCUACGCAGGAAUUGUCCACAGUGACUUGAAGCCAGCUAAUUUUGUCAUAGUGAAUGCUUCACUGAAGUUGAUUGACUUUGGCAUCGCAAACAGUAUCCAACCAGAUGUAACGAGUAUUAUGAAGGACUCACAGGUUGGAACAUUGAACUAUAUGCCCCCCGAAGCAAUCAGAGACCCUUCAUCCAAGGCAGGAAAAGCAAACUCAAAGAUCAGUCCCAAAGGUGACGUGUGGUCCCUUGGAUGUAUUCUGUACUGCAUGACUUAUGGGAAAACCCCAUUCCAAAGCAUCACCAAUCAGAUUGCCAAGAUGCACGCCAUCAUUGAUCCUUCCCAUAGGAUUGAAUUUCCUGAUAUCUUGGAGAAGGAUUUGCUGGAUGUGUUGAAGAGGUGCUUGGUACGAAAUCCCAGAGAGCGAAUCUCCAUUGCAGAGCUGCUGGAGCAUCGAUACCUGCAGCUGAAGCCACAAGUAUCGCCUGCAACAGAAUGUCCAAGUAACUGCGAUCUCCAGAAGAUCCUAACUGACCUCGCAGCCCUCCAGUCUCCAAACAGCAUCAUUAGAGCUGCUAAUAAUCUGGCCAAAAUGUGCAGCAGCGGCAGGAAGUUGGAUGUUGCAGAGUGUGCAAAGUCAUCAACCUAACUAUCCUGAAAAAAUGUCAAUAUUUCUUUUUAUUUCUUUUUUAGACCCCACUUAAGCACAGUAACAAUACUUUCUUUAAGAUGUAGAACUAACAAAUCUUUUUUAUUUCUGUUUUCAAAAUCAUUACUUCGUCAUUUUUACACGUGUUCUCUAAUAAGUGUAAGCAUAUAUAGUCAAAUAAACAUACUGUAUCCUAA